CGGAUUGUGCAUGAGCGACUGAGAUUUUUAUUCUUUCACAUUUCUCCCCCAAGUUCAUGCUAUAAAAAUAGCAAUUCCAAUUCUAAAAGCUCCAAAAAAAUGUGCUAGCCCUUAGCAUCACUUCUCGCAAUUCAAAUAGCCACAUCUCUCACAAAUCCUUCAUUCACUUCCAAAAACAUGGCUACCAAUGGGUUCAACUCUCCAUUGCCAAAGUCCUAUUUGAAGCAGAAGCAUAUGCUGGAUAUGCAAAACAAGGCAGUUGUUCAUGCACUAUUAAAGGAAUUGGUAAUGGGUCACACUCAGACUGCAGCCAAAUUUCUGGAAAGUGACUUGGAGUGGUGGUUCCAUGGACCUCCACAGUGCCAAUACAUGAUGAGCGUACUUACCGGGAAGUCCGUCCACACCGACUUCAGGUUCAAGCCAAGAAGGAUUGAGGUUGUUGGUGACUAUGUCAUUGCUGAGGGAUGGGAAGAGGAAAACGCAUACUGGGUUCACGUAUGGACCUUGAAAGAUCAUGCCAUCAUUCAGUUAACAGAGUACUUCAAUACAUGGCUGUCGGUGAGAAAUAUAAGGCCAUCGAACGGCGAAGUUGGGAUGAAAGCAAUACCUUGUGGCAGAGCCAACCCGAGGACAUUGCACACAGCUCCUUACCAGGGCUUUUACUAG